CCGGAAAAAAACUGCAACAAGAGACAAUUAACCAGGACUUCACUCUGCAGCCUCUGGGGAUGCCAAGGAAAGCAGCGUGGAGGAGAAGUGCUCCUGUGGGCCUCAGUAAGCAGCAGAUGGCUGUGUCUAGCAGCAGGCACUGGCAGGGCAGGGCUGAGCCUUUCGGUGCUGUAGCUGCCUCCGCGGGGAGCCGAGUGCCCGAGCAGCAGAGGACCAGUGAGUCCCCUCUCAGCUGGUUCAGAGGGGUGUAUUUACCUCCUGCUCUGCACCCAUUAAACAAGACAUUUGUCAAGGGUGGUGAGUGGCAGGACACAGACAGCACCCAGGAGAAGCGCAGGGCCUUCCUGCAGGACUUCUGUAGGAAAUACAACAGCAGAAAGAAGCUGCAAACCCACCUGGUGCACCUGGUGUCGAGAAUUUACGUGGAGGACAGGCACAAGGUUCUGUACUGUGAGGUGCCAAAAGCAGGCUGCUCCAACUGGAAAAGGGUCCUCAUGGUGCUCAGUGGACUCGCUGCUUCGGCAAACAACAUCUCCCAUGACGAUGUGCACUAUGGAAAGCAUCUAAGGAAAUUGGACAGCUAUGACCUAAAAGGGAUCUACACACGCCUGAACAUGUACACCAAGUUUAUAUUUGUACGUGAUCCUAUGGAAAGACUGGUAUCUGCCUUCAGGGAUAAGUUUGAACAUCCAAACAGCUAUUACCAUCCAGUGUUUGGGAAGGCAAUAAUUAAAAAGUAUAGACAUAAUGCAGAUGAAGAAGCAUUGAAAACAGGAUCAGGAGUUAAGUUCAAGGAGUUUAUCCAAUAUUUGUUAGAUUCCCACCGACCGGUCGGAAUGGACAUUCACUGGGAGCAAGUCAGUAAGCUCUGCUAUCCCUGCCUCAUCAACUAUGAUUUUAUAGGAAAGUUUGAAACCCUGGAAGAAGAUGCCAAUUACUUUCUGCAGCUGGUAGGAGCUCCAGCCAAUCUGAAGUUCCCUAAAUUCAAAGACAGGCAUUCCUCUGACGAGAGAACAAGUACAGAAGUAGUGAGGCAAUAUUUAAAGGAACUGUCUAAGGAGGAGAGACAGCUGACCUAUGACUUCUACUACUUGGAUUACUUAAUGUUCAAUUAUACAUCACCACUUGUAUAGCACUAGAAUACCUUCAGGCUUCUAUUAGAUAUUUAUCAUUUUGGGAUUCAAAACAACUACUUUGAUAUUAGCCCUGAAAGGAAAUGAAGUUACUGCUAAGUAGAGUUGUCUUGAAUUAGAGGGGAUUUUAUAAGCUAGAGUGGUAUCAAUUGAUAUUAAAUUAUGGAGAAUGCAAAGAAAAAAAGACCUGUAAACAGCAUAAAUUGCACUAAAAUGCCUGAAAAAGCUGCUUUUACCAUUAUGGAUUAUACUAUGGAAGCAGUAGCUCAGACAGCUGUUGCAUUAGCUUACCUAAUGUUCUUUUAAAAUGGUUUAAGAAAAAAAAUCAG